AUGCCAGUAUUGAAUGUCAGUCGUCUGAGUAUCACGCUCAAGCUUCCGUUAGCUUUCUUCCAGUCAGUGGAGGGACUCUCAGGCAACUAUCCUACAUCCUCAGAAAUAGGUCCAGCAACGCAGCCAGCACGUCUUUGGCAAGAUUUGGGCUCCAUUCUCAGUCGUUUCGAAGCUCUCAAGAAGCUGGACUUGUGGCUCGAUCAUAAUGAGCCGCAAUUUUGGGUAGUGGUCAACGAGCGCUCGACCCUUGACCCUCUUCUCAUACAACUAAGUAGUCAUCCCAAUCUCGACGUCACCGUCAUGCUACCCAUGCUUCACCCGAAAUUUGAACAGAGCGAGCGACAUUACACCGAAGACAGCAUCUCGGGGAACAUUCGUAACCGCUUUAUACCUGAUCUUGCCAGUCUGAAUGCCUUCGCUCAGGGCUACGAGCGGCUUCAACACGAUAACGACCACCUCCGAGACGAGCUUGCUGAGCGCACCCGUACUCAUGAACAAGCUAUCACCCAACUUCGACAUGCAGCGGAGCAUCAGGUUGUCGGCCAUGCUGCUACACUCAAGGCGACAAACGAGGAGAUGCACAUACUGCGACGAGAGAAAGAGAGCCUGAAAGAAAGCAUCGAAAAUAUGGAGUUUCAGAUCACCCCAGUCAACGACGAGGUUACUAGGCUGAGAGCAGAGAAUGCGAGGCUUCGGCGUUGGGUGCAUAACAGCACCCUCGAGGUCAAACGCUUACAUGACAAGAUCAAAGAUUGCAACAAGAGCUUUGAGGGCUACAAAAAGCGAGUGAAGGCUUUGGUGAACGAAGAUUAA